AUGCCGGGGUGGGUGGACUUUGCUCCUGUAGGGGGGGGAGAGCAGGGAGGGGGCGCCAUCCCAGCCGUGACAAGGAGAAAGGAGAGGGAAGAAUGUGAAGAGGAACAGGGAGGCCGGCGAGGCUGGCAGGGGGAGCAGGUGGCCAUAGCCAAGGAGGAUUACGAGAGCAGGUGGAGGAGGAGGAGAAGGCAGCUGCUGCAAGAGGGAAACGCAGGAGCAGCCCAGGGGCCGGGGAAGAGGGCGACGCGGGCCGGGGGGGGACCCGAAGGAAGCCAGAGCUCAGGAGGAGCAAAACUUCCCGCCGCCACGUCCAGCUCGCAGAAGUUCGGGCUGCCUGGGAGGGAGGGAGGGAGGGAGGGAGGGAAAGGGGGAAGCAGCAGCCGCCGCGCACUCCGGCGUGUAAGCGAAACGAAGCCAGCAGCCGGAGGGAAGAAGGUGAGCGAGGACGCCGGAGGUGGGCGAGGCGGAGGAGAGGAGGGGCCGCCAGGAAGACGGCGGGGCGGGCUGCCUCCCUCCCUCGGGGACGCCCACACGGGCCGGCAGCGGCAGGAGUCCCCGCACACGGGGGGGGGGAGGGGGAGGGUCGCCCAGGCCCGGCAGGUGACUCCGGGGGGAGGGAGGGAGGGGGCGGUUGCCAGGCAACCGGGGAGGGGCUGCCCCUGGGGGAGCGGGCGGGGAGACCCCGGAGGACCCCCGGCCGGCCCCUCGCUCGCCCCAUUACUCACUCACCAGCGGCCGUCGCCGCCGCCUCGCUCGCUCCGUCUCCCGCUUCUCCCUCCCGGCGGCGCUUCCUGCUUCCUGCCCUCCGCCUCCUCCUCCUCCUCCUCCUCCUCGCGGCCGACAACGGCGAGGGGCCGGCCUGUUAGGCCUCCUUCCGGCCUGCGCGACGGCGACACGUGA